UUGUAUUUUGUUGUUGUUGACAUUAGAAAGACCUGCGUGUGAAUCAGUAUCUUGGAGAAAAAAUCGUUCAUUCAUUCUUGUAAUUUUUCUCUGAUGCACCAGUUGAAGCGCGGAUAAGACAAAAUAAGACAACAACAUCGUAUCGACAUUAUUCGGAACAUUAGAUUCAAUUUGAUUUCAGUGUUAAGUUUAAUGUGCUGUGGAUAUGAGCGAUAUGGUCGUAACUGCUGAUGAAAUGUCUGUCGUUGAUGUGUACGAUUUAGCGUCCGAUAUUGGAAAGGAAUGUGAGAAAAUAAUUGAUUUAUUUGGAGCUGAUUCCCUGUUGAAAUUGAUGCCGAAAGUGAUAAAUGUGCUGGAAUUACUCGAGACGAUUGCUACGCGCAAUGAAAGUGAGAAUACGCGUUUGCAGGAAUUAAAUGAUCGUAUUGCCCAUUUGGAAUGCGAGAAACAGGAAAAGGCUGUGUUUCGACAACGAUUUGAUAAGGAACUCGAAUUGAUCGAAGAGCAAUGGCGCGCUGAAACAAAGGAGCUAGUCACAUUGGUCAAUAAUUUACAGGAGGAGAACCGUCGAUUGCAGAAAUCUCUAGGUGCCAAUACGGAAACGAUAGCAGCGAACACAAAUACAGCGACCGUUGCAGUUAAAGAUGACGCAGCAUCAAAUGCCAAUACAUCCGAUUUACAAACGUUACAACGAUUUCGUGAGCAGGUCGAAAAACAUCGAAAAGAGAUGAAAAUGAAAGAUGCUGAACUGGCUGAAGCUGAACAAUCGAUUCAAGGGUUAAACAUUCAAAUGGAACGAUUGUCAAACUCCAGCAGAGAAUCACGUAAAAGGCAGAAGCUUCUGCAAGUGCAAGUAAGGUCUUUGGUUGAAGAACGGGCCGACUUCUUGGCCCAGCUGCAGGACCAACAUCGGGAAAUAUUGUCGCUUCGAAAACGACUGGGCAUAGCCGAAAAAGAGAACGAAGACUUAUCCAAGUGUCAGGAUGAAGAGAACGAUCCACAUCGGGCUCGCUAUUCCACAGCCGAAUUGAAAGAAAUUCUAUGCGAACGCGAUGAACUCAAGUCUCAAAUCAACGAUCUAGCAACGGAACUGAAAACCUACAAACCCGUUGAAGAGCUCAAAAUUGAAGAGAAAACAUUUGUAGGCCUACAGAAGAAGAUCCUCCAGUGCAGGGGCCGCUACCAUUUGAACCGGACGAUGCACCAUGGAAGAAAAGUUCCGAAAGUGGAAUCCGAAAAUUUUUUCGCAAACUAUUUUCGGAACCGGGCACCUCGAGUUUUCCGCGGCGAUCACUAUCUACACUAUCUAAAAUGGCUCUCUCUGCUAGCCCUAACACUGACACCAUCUGAAUCGUCGCAAGAAUGUUCACAACAAACAAUGAAUCUGCUUUCGAAUUUCAUCAUUGACUCAAGCGGCAACUGCGAUAUUUGGUAUAUAAAGUGACGGUUCACGAAGCACGUGCAUCCUAAUGUACAUGGUACAUUUGGAUUGAAUGGAGGGCUUAGAUGUAUAGGUCUUUGUGACACAUUUUCUUGUUUUUUUGUUGAUAGGUUUUUUUUGUUAUUAGGCUGGAGAUGUUGUCACAUUAGGUGUCGGUUUCAGUGCAAAAAUUUAUUUAUUCUUUUCCCGAUGGUUCAGUAAUGGUGAACAUGAACAUGUCCUACGUGUUGACCACCAAAACAUGCAGACAAUGAGUGGACUAUAAGACCAAAUUUGGAUAUUUAUUAUGUUACGUGGAAAUGGUCUGGAACGUGUUUUGUCAAGUCGAUUUAUUGUGCAGAAUUUCAAAAUUUCGUUUCACAGUCCACUUACAAUCUGAGUAUUUUGGUGGUCAAUUUAUUAAUCAAGACUUUUCCGCUAUUAUAGUAUUUAUCGAUCGUACAUACAUACAAGCAGUUGUCUACAAAAUAUCCCUCUAUGAAGUAAAAAAUCACAGAAAGUUAAGAAUCAAUUCGGAUGGGCUCAGUUAUGUCGUUUCACCUCCUUCCUUUGAUUUGGAAUUUUUUUUCCAUUUUUCAUUGUCAAGGAUUUUCACUCAGAUUUCUCAUUUGAGGCCUGACAAAGAGAGUUCUUUGAACGGAGUACGGUACUUUGGUUUAUAACUCGGAACCCGAAACUAGAAAACCUGAAUUAAAUCAGGUCGAGAUUAGGUUGCACCUGAAUAAAUCUGGACCCGAAAUUUACAUUUCAGGUCUGGUAAAUUCUGGUUCAGGUUGACGCGAACCUGAUCUGAGCCUGAAAUGAGAGAGUCUGAUGAUUCAGCAUUUGAAUUGUACGUUUUCUGUAGCUUUUGGACGAGUGAACCGCUAACUAAAGCUUUGUUCCUAAACCACUUAAGCUCUACCAAUUGAAGCCCUUCUUUGAGCCCAAAAACUUGUAAUGACUGAACUAUUUAACACGAUGGUGUAAUGCACUCACUGAUCAUAAUCUACGGAAAUACUUCUAAGACUCACUCUUCAAAAGAUUUACUUGAACAACAAACCGACGAGCGUGUUGUGGUGAAGUUGUUGAUGCGGGUUUCUGAUUCUUAAGAAGAAGCCUCCCACGACUCUAAUCUACAGAAUUCAUCUGCGUAAAUAAAAACAUAAAUCUGGAAUGUGCGUUUGUUCGGAUCACACGAUCCUUCAUGUGAAGGAUUCGACGUGCUGAAAAGGGAGGCCGAAGAAAUGGGUCAAACAUGAAAAGUUCCGUUUUCGACACAUGAAAUUAUUUCACUUUUGUUAGUACGGUUUCUUGAACACCACCUUCUUCCCCUGACGGCGUGGCGUCAUUUUCGAACAGAUUCUUACAAAAUGUUCCAAAUUUCUCAAAAGCUCAAAACACACGAGGCAUCAAAAACGUUGUCAAUACAAAUUUAGAAGGCAACAGUGCUCACAGAAAGAAAAAUUUUUUAGGGGUCACCGACUAGUUUUCGAAGUAGCAAAUUUUUGCGAUUUUUUGGGAUUUAUGGCUUAGUCGAAUCCUAAAAUGGCGGCCACUGUUCCCUAGGGAAUCAAAAAAUCUUCAAUAUCCGAGUAAAUCCCAAAAUAAAUCCUUAUAAAUCUCAAUAAAUCCCAAUAAAUUUCAAUAAAUCUGAUAAAUCUUGAAGAGUGCGGGACCCUUCGGUUUUUUACGCCGGUAACUUAGCUUGAAAACAUUUUACAGUCUGUGUAAAUUCAUUGAAAUUGAAAGUAACUUACAGCAAAUUUGUCCACUGUGUACCUGUGCCAUUGAAAACUGUUCAACUUUAUAGGUCUGCAGUUUUGUGAUGGGAUUUCUUUUAUUUAUAAACAACAAAACAAGACAAAUAAAAAAAACUGAAUUAUUCUCGAUGCGGCACGAAUGGUGCAUUCAAGUCUAUUCGGAUGAACGAAAAAGAUGUACUACAUGUAGACUCAAUGGCCAUUGACUCCUCAUAUACAACCUAUCUCUAAGCCAAAGUAUAUAAAAAAAACUGAACAGGGUUGAACCCCGAGACCCAAACAUAUUUCUUGCCAAGUGCGUAAAAAACCUGGUGAAGGCACUGCACAAAACGUGCGAAGCCUGGCUUUUCCGACUUUUGUAUGAAGUUGAGUUUUAUGUUGGAAAAGUAUUCAACAUACAAAUUCUGUCAAUCGUUAGUGAACUUGCCCUGCACUCGAUUUCACCAAAAAGUGAGUUCCAUUCUUUUUUUUACGUUGUAUCUGGUCAGUGAAAUACUUGUUCUACCACCUUCAAAUAUACCCCUUAUUGGUGGGGCAGACCAGGCCUUUUUAAAUAUUUUAAUUAUGAAAAUUCUGAAAAUUUUCAGAAAAAAAUCCGAAAAAACAUUUCGGAAUUUUUCGAACAUUUUCAGAUUUUUUCGGAUUUUUCAGAAUUUGCUGAGUAACAAACACACACACAUUCGACUCACCAAAAUGCAUAUUUAUUGAGUUAAUAAUGAUUUAAAUCUACUGACAGCACUGAAAAAUGUGGACGUCAUUUAUGAAUCAUCCCUAAGACAAUUUCUGGGUAGGAGCAGUUCUGACUGCCUUGUUUUGCGUUUGAGUCUUAGCACAAAUAUUAUAUUCAAAUGGUCUUACACUCACUAGUCGUUAUAAUAAAAAAAAACUGGCCACAAACGAGCGAUCAAAUUCCAUUUUAUACUAAAUAAAAGACUUUACAAACUGAAAUCAUAUCUUCAAACAAAGGAUCAAAUUUGAAAAUCAUGAAAAUUAGUAGAAAGUAAAAACCGGACUUUAUGUAACGAUAUGAAUAGUUGGUAUUGUUGUUAAAGUUAUAUUUACACGUAAGAAGUAAAAUUACCAUACUUUUAACACCAUAACCCGUACAUUAAUAAUACUCUCUCUAAACAAGACAUAUUGUUACAUUAAAACAUAUUCACUAAAUUGUAGUACGAGGCUAAGGAAAAUAAAGGAGACGAAAAAAGGGUGGAAAAUGAAAUAU